GUGACCGACCGGCUCGCUUCCAUAACAGCCUCCAAGCAACCACCCAAACCAACAAGUCAGUCAACUCACCGAGUGCAAGUCAUCCUGACUUCAUAGUUUUUACAGCAGCCGUGGGGGGCGGGGCCGCGCGGUGCUAUUGUCCUCGCGACAGCUCAGCCGUUACAGUCGCGGCAGGAUUUCUGUUCGGAGUGAACGCACGCGGACACCGGUUAGCAACUCGUUAGCUCUGCCGCCCCCGGGGACAACCACAUGGAUCCCCAAAACACCAACAGCGAGGCGAAGAUGUUGUUGAUCCACGCCAAGACCCUGCGGCUGCACACCGGGAACUUGGUCAACCGAAGUCGCCUGAAAAAGAAAUGCCCGUGCUCUCCCAGCGAGGAGCUUCAAGACUGCAUUCAAGCCACGCUUAGUGAUUGGUUUUCCACAACAAAGCCGCCAUCAAAGGAUUUUCCAGACACACUGGACUGCUCCAUUCCCCAGGAAACUGAUGCUAUUACGCCCGAAGAGAGGGAUGAACUGAGGGUUUCAGUCAAGCUGUUCCUGUGUGAGUCACUUCAAUCCUCCAUCAGAGAUGCAGUGGAGAUGGUCUGCCAGACGCUGGCAGUGUCCCAGCUUGACUCUGUUAUCAUAGCGCCACCGUGGCCCUUGGAAAGUGACAGCCAAAGUUUGGCCCACCUUCAGCCAGCAUGGGAGGAGCUGGAGGCUCUGGUCAGGAGCCAGCAGAUUGCUGCUAUUGGCACCUCUGACCUGGACAAAGACUUACUGGAACAGCUCUACAACUGGGCUCAGGUGAAGCCCAGCAGUAACCAGUUCAACUUGGCCUCCUGCUGUGUGAUGCCUCCUGAGCUCACAGCCUUUGCCAAGGAGUUUGACAUCCAGCUGCUCACACACAACGAUCCUAAAGAGCUGAUGUCAGCAGCCACAUUCCAGGAGGCGGUGCAGGAGGGAACGCAGGACCUGACCACUGCUGACUGGAGGCUGGAGUGGGUCCUUCGCUACUCCAUUAUUGUUAAGAGCAGGGGCAUUAUCAAGGCUAAGGGUUACCUUGUCAGUGCGAGGAAGGCGAGCCCCUAGCACACCCCACUAUGGAAGACGCAUGGAAGAAGCCAUUUUCCUCCCUUUUCGUUGACAUACACACAGAACAUGCAAAGUAAUAGCUCUGAAUAAUGGAUGCUGCCAUUCACCAUGACUCUUGAAGUCAUUGUUCUAUCUUACUUAUGUAGUUGCAUCGUGAUCAUGUACCAUUUCUUAAUUUUAACUGAUGCAGGUAUUCAUUACCCUCGUCUUAAUAGGUUCAAAAAUAGGAGGCGAACAUGCAAUAUCAACUCAAGUGUCAUUUUUAAGAGAAUAGACUGUGAAAGUGAGGGUUUCACAGAUGAAUAGCGCAUUGACCGAUCGGCCAUUAAUCAACACCUUAGAGGCUGCUUUAAUGAUGCAAAAUGGCGGUUGCUAAACUUUGAUCCACAGUGAUGGUUCCUUAACCUUGUUCUGACAUGAAGUGCCUCUCAUCUUUUCCUCUCCUCCUGUCCUUAUACCUGCUUUGUCUCCACAGUGUCUGUGUGAAAAUACAGCUUUAAAUAUAUUGGUAAGUCAAAGGAAGAGAUUGGCUUUUUUACAGAAUGAUUCCGAACAUUUUGAAGUGGUUAUGGAAAAAUAUCUGAAAGUUUAUUGUUGCAAUCAGAUCUUUCCAGCUGUAUUUGCAUUGUUCAAUUGAGAACAAGUGCUAAUUCAAAUCAAACCACAUAUAAGAUGUUUGUUUUAUGAUGCUGGUCGACUGUAAUUGGUGAAGAAGACAACUAAGUAUAUGCAACCAUUUUAUCAGGCUUUUACUUUCUGACGAUGUUUACCCACUAUUGUGCUCAUGAGAUUCAUUUGAGGAUUUAAAGUACAGCAAUAUAUAGAGAUUGACAUGCAUAACAGGCGUUUGUGCUCUAUAUGCAUUGUUGUUCUCACUGGAAACUCCAUGCCAAGGAGAUGUUAAAAUAUGUUAACUCUGAGAAGAUGUUUUUAUAUUAAAAUCAUGGUUGUUUUUCCAGACUGGAUCGAGUUAAUCUCUUGACAACAAAUGAUCUGUUGUACUGUAAACAUAUUUAAUGUUGUCAUAUCUGUAUAUCAUGAAUUGGCUUUAUUAACAUCAUGAAUGUUAUGUUUUACCGUCAACACUGGUGUCAAAUAUUUAAAAGAUGGAAUACA